GGCUGCUGGGUGGGGAGGUGUGUGGCUCGUUGGCUCUCUUCGGGUAGGGGGUGUUGGACCGGUUCCCAGCAUGGGUGACCAAGCGCUCAGCUUUCUCAAGGACUUUUUGGCCGGCGGAGUCGCCGCCGCCAUCUCCAAGACGGCCGUCGCCCCCAUCGAGAGAGUGAAGUUGCUGCUGCAGGUCCAGCACGCCAGCAAACAGAUCACAGCGGAGAAACAGUACAAGGGCAUCAUCGACUGCGUCAUCCGCAUCCCCAAGGAGCAAGGCAUCAUCUCCUUCUGGAGGGGCAAUCUAGCCAACGUCAUCCGCUACUUCCCCACCCAGGCCCUCAACUUCGCCUUCAAGGACAAGUACAAGCAGAUCUUCCUGGGGGGAGUGGACAGGCACAAGCAGUUCUGGCGCUACUUCGCGGGCAACCUGGCAUCUGGUGGCGCGGCCGGAGCCACCUCGCUCUGCUUCGUCUACCCGCUGGAUUUUGCCAGGACCCGGCUGGCGGCUGAUGUGGGCAAAGGAGCAGCCGAGAGGGAGUUCACGGGGCUGGGCGACUGCAUUGUCAAGAUCUUCAAGUCCGAUGGCUUGAGGGGCCUGUACCAGGGAUUCAAUGUGUCUGUCCAGGGCAUCAUCAUCUACAGAGCAGCCUAUUUUGGGGUUUAUGACACAGCCAAGGGUAUGUUGCCUGAUCCAAAGAACGUGCACAUCAUAGUGAGCUGGAUGAUUGCCCAGAGUGUCACUGCAGCAGCAGGGUUGGUUUCGUACCCUUUUGAUACUGUGCGACGUAGGAUGAUGAUGCAGUCUGGACGAAAGGGAGCUGAUAUUAUGUACAAGGGCACAAUUGAUUGCUGGAAGAAGAUAGCAAAAGAUGAAGGAUCCAAAGCGUUCUUCAAAGGUGCCUGGUCAAAUGUGUUGAGAGGCAUGGGUGGAGCUUUUGUACUAGUACUUUAUGAUGAAAUCAAGAAGUAUGUCUAAAACUUAACAUCCUAAUGUAGUUCAGUUGUUCUCAAUUAACUUUUUAAAAUAACUAUUGUGAUGUAAUGGACAACAAAAUAUUUCCUAGGGAAACAGAAUAAGACUUGAGUAACAUCCAGUUGAGAGAGGGAUGCAUUUAUUUAAAAUCUGUUCACUACAGCACAGUUGCACUUUGUAUGGAAAUUCCUCCAACAUUUAUAUUGGAAGCUAUGUAUAUAUUACACCCUUUCAAAUUUCAGGUAAAGCAUUUUGACUAGAGAUGAGAUGUAGGUGGUAUACACCUAGUUUAAAAUCUAAUGUAAACUCAAAGUGAGAAAUACCUUUUAUACUAAGUAAAGUCUCUAGCUACCCAUCACCAUGAUGAUACAACAUGAUUUUAUAAGCCAUGUCAUCUUCUUUGAAGUUCUUAUUUUUUUAAUCUGAUAUGUAAGCAUAAAUAUCUGCAAACUAUAUAACACAACAAUGGGCUGCAAGUUCCUAAUUGCUGCCUUUUCACUGACAAGUUAGGCAGUUGUGGUCAAAACCAGACCAUAAUGACUGUUUUCAAUUGUACUUUGUAGAAGGUGGAAAUAUUGUUAAAAAUGCCCUAUUCUCACAAAGCAAGAAGUUGUCUGCUCUGAUGUUCAAUUGAACUAAAACUGAACUCAUGAAAUAAAUUAAUAUAUAUGAA